AACUUUUAUUUAAAGAGCGAUGAUGCUGGUAGGUGGUCAUCAAGAAGUAUUUAAUAUGUUCAUAUGAACUCUAGACUUGGUUCAAAAUCAAAGCAAACAACACUCAGAAAAUCAUUAGGCAUGGGCUAUUUAUGUCACGUUCAUCUAUCAAUAAUAUUCAUGGUUUGGGUGUUAGUUCUACUUAUGGCAGGGGAUAUGUUUGCAUCAUCGUCGUCGCGGACACCGCAAGUCAUAGCUCCGCAUUGCCCAGAAAGGUGUGGAAACGUUAGCAUUCCCUAUCCAUUUGGUUUAGAAGAUGGUUGUUACUAUGAAGACCCUCAUAACAACUUCAAAAUAUUUUGUGACUACAACACGACACCUCCACAGCCAUUGUUCGGUACAAAUUUCGCGGUGUUCAACACCUCAGUACUAACAGGAGAAAUAUGCAUUAACCGUGACAUCUCUUACGAAUGCUACGAUGAAAACAAGUUCAAUCGCAAUUACACUGCCUUGGUCAACAUAAGAGGAUUUACAAUUUCUAGCACAAAUAAUUUGCUAAUAGGCAUGGGGUGCGACACAUAUGUUUGGUUCACUGGUAUUAGGCAUGGCAAACCUUACCAAACCGGCUGCAUGACUAGUUGCAACGACCUAGUAGAAGUGCCCAACGAUGCUUGCAACGGUGUUGGUUGUUGUGUUGCCUCGCUCCCGGAUGAAGUGACAAACAUCUCGACGACAAUCGGAAGCUAUUCGAAUCAUAGCAAUGUUUUAUCGUUCAAUCCAUGUAGUGCUGCUUAUCCUGUGGCAAAGAAUGAGUAUAGAUACCAUAAAAUGAAUUUGACUCAAGACUUAAACUUCUACCUGAAAAACAAUAUAAGACUUCCCGUAGUUUUUAAUUGGGCAAUUGGAACAGAAAAAUGCUCUGUUGCUCAAUCAAAUGGGACUUGCUUGUGCAAAAGUAACACUUUAUGUGAAGAUUCACCAAACCAAGCUGGAUAUCAUUGCAAAUGCAAAGAUGGAUUUACAGGGAACCCAUACCUCCCGCAAGGCUGCAUAGACAUCAAUGAAUGCAAGGAGUCGAAUGAAUGCGAGAAACCAGAGUAUUGUGUCAACCAACUUGGAGGCUAUAACUGCAAAUGUCCAAAGGGCUACCACGGGAACGGGACAAAGGCCCAACCAUGCUUUUCUAAUACGAGGUCUUGGAUCAAACCAGUUGCAGCCACUGUAGGUGUUGCUGGUGCAAUGAUAAUUUUUCUUGUGAUCGGAUUCAUUUUCUAUUGGAAACACGGAAAAAAGCAACUCAAGCAAAUGCGAGAAAGUUUUUUCAGGCAAAAUGGAGGUCUACUUUUACAUCAAAAACUUUCGGGACGAAAGAUCGAUGGGUUAAAAGUUUUUACAGCUGAAGAUCUUGAAAAUGCAACUAACAAAUAUAAUGACAAAUAUGUAAUCGGAAGAGGUGGUUUUGGCAUUGUUUAUAAAGGAAUUUUACCCGACAAUCAACACAUUGCAAUCAAAAGAUCUCUCAAGGUGGAUCCACGUCAAGUUGAGCAAUUUAUCAAUGAAGUUCUUGUUCUAUCACAAAUCAACAACAGAAAUGUGGUCAAGUUACUAGGUUGUUGUCUUGAGACUGAAGUGCCACUAUUGGUGUACGAAUUCAUUACCAAUGGUACUUUGUAUGACCACUUAGUUGAUGCAGUGAAAGCGUCAAUUCUAACAUGGAAUAUACGUCUCAAGAUUGCAUUGGAAGUGGCCAAUGUGCUGUCGUAUUUGCACACCACAAUCUCAACACCAAUUAUUCAUAGAGACAUGAAGUCGAUGAACAUACUUCUAGAUGAUAACUACACUGCUAAGGUAGCAGACUUUGGAGCAUCAAGACUCGUUCCAGAGGACAAAAGUGAAAUAGCUACAAUGGUAUUGGGAACAUGGGGUUAUUUAGAUCCCGAGUAUAUGAAAACGAGAAAACUAACAGAAAAGAGUGAUGUUUAUAGUUUUGGUGUUGUCCUGGUGGAGCUAAUAACUAGAAAAAAGGCGAUUUGUUAUGAUAGGCCCGAAGAUGAGACAAGUCUUGCUAUGCACCUCCUAUUAAAGAUGAGAGAAGGUCAAUUGUUGAACAUUCUUGACAAAAGCAUAGUAAGUGAAGGAACCAUUGAGCAAAUACAACAAAUAGCUAAUCUAGCUACAUGGUGCUUGAUGGUAAAAGCGGAAGAGAGGCCUAGCAUGAAGGAAGUUGCUAUAGAAUUGGAGACAAUAAAAAGAAUAGGUUCACAUCCGUGGAGUUCUAGGGAUGGAUCAUUUCAAGACGACAGUGAAUCAUUACUCAUAAGAUAUCCAAGAUCAAGUAUUGAUGGUAGCACCAGUAUUGAAGUAGACUUGUAUAAUCCACGUUUAGAUUCAGUUCUAGCAGAUGGGAGGUAAAUAGUUAAAGUGAAAUAAAGUAUUGGGUCAGACCGUCUGACGUAGUGUUUACUGUCAGACGGGCUAAGCCCAAUACAUCUUCUCUCUCGCAUGUUUACCAGAUUUUUCAAGCUUUCUUAAGAGAGUGUUUGCAUCAACGUUGCCUGUAACAACUACUUUAUGUUGUCUUGUAUCCACAUCUAUCAUGUAAACUCCUGAAAUUUUAUAAUACAUGACCAUAUAAAUUCUUUACAAA